UGUCACUGUCAGAUCAAAAUUCACAUAUGUGUUCAAAGACAGGCAAUUUAGUUUUAAUUUAUUGAAAACCAUGAGUGUAACACCAAAAUUGGACGAUUUAAUUCAGUCCGUUUCGCUCUAUACUCGAAUUCCAACUUUAUUUCACUUGUAUGUUUUACCAUUUAUAUUAAUUUAUUCAGGAUGGAUGUAUGUUUGGUUAGGAAUAUAUGGCUUCACGGAUCAUUACGAAGGAGGAUUUGUCGGUUUGGCCGUAAUUGGAUGCCUCCAAAUACUGUCCUGCCUAGCAUGCUACUGGUCAGUCCAUAUAAAUAGUUUCUUCAGUUGUAGAAAGGAAAAAGAUGCAAAUAAAGCCACUAUUGCUAAAGUAAUACCUACACCAAAUAAUGGGAGUGCCGAACUUGUUUGGUUACAUCACGCAAAGAAGGAAAAAGAAACGACGAUAUGGUUCAUGUUUCAAAAAACAAAGUAUAUAUGGGACUCUGAUAAAAAGAUAUUCCGUGGUCUAGAAUUCCCUAUAAAUAAGUCAUAUUCUGAGUAUGUAUCUUGCAAAGGCUUUCAAGAAGACACAGAUAUUCAACAAGCUGACGAACUUUAUGGAAAAAAUGAACUGGACAUGGUCAUACCUGAAUUUAAAGAAUUAUUUAUUGAACGAGCCACUGCACCGUUUUUUGUAUUUCAAGUGUUUUGCGUAGCUCUGUGGUGUCUUGACGACUUUUGGUAUUACUCACUUUUCACCUUGUUGAUGCUGGUUUUGUUUGAAUGCACUCUUGUAAACCAACAACUCCGUAACAUGGACGAAAUAAGAAAGAUGGGCAACAAGCCAUACAACAUUCUCGUUUACAGAAAUAGGAAAUGGAGGAUGAUUCCAACUUGGGAACUUAUACCAGGAGAUAUCAUUUCCGUUACCCGUUCUCAGAAAGACAACCUAAUACCUUGUGACGUGCUGUUGUUAAGAGGAUCUUGCAUUGUCGACGAAAGUAUGCUGACUGGAGAAUCUGUCCCUCAGAUGAAGGAAGCUGUAGAAAAUUUUGAACCUAAUAAAAUUUUAGAUCCGGAAGGGGAAGGAAAACUACAUGUUUUAUUUGGAGGUACCAAAGUGGUUCAACACACUCCACCAACAAAAGCAACUACUGGUCUGAGACCGCAGGAUAACGGCUGUGUAGCCUAUGUACUACGUACCGGAUUCAAUACCUCCCAGGGAAAGCUUUUAAGAACGAUUCUGUUUGGCGUUAAACGUGUCACGGCAAAUAACAAAGAAACGUUUGGUUUCAUAAUGUUUCUCUUAAUCUUCGCCAUUGCCGCGGCAUGGUACGUCUGGACUAAAGGCUGUGAGGACCCGAAAAGGAGUCGGUAUAAGCUCUUCUUGGAAUGUACCUUAAUUUUGACGUCCGUCAUUCCGCCAGAGCUACCAAUAGAGCUGUCUCUAGCCGUGAAUACAUCUUUAAUUGCCCUUUCAAAAUUAGGUGUAUUUUGUACAGAACCGUUUAGGAUACCGUUUGCUGGCAAAGUGGACAUUUGCUGUUUCGACAAAACAGGAACUCUAACAAGCGACGAUUUGGUGGUAGAGGGAGUUGCGCUAGCAGAAAAGGAUUCUAGAGUCACUGCCAUAACAGACGUACCAAUGGAAACGGUACAGGUCCUCGCGACUUGUCACUCUCUAGCUCAACUGGACGAUGGUCUAGUAGGCGACCCCUUGGAGAAAGCAACGUUAACGGCAAUUGACUGGAAUGUUACCAAAGCAGAUGCAGUGGUGCCCAAGAGAGGAAGAUCUCCGGGAUUGAAAAUUUUCCACCGGUUUCAUUUCUCGUCUGCUCUAAAAAGGAUGGCUGUUAUAGCAGGGUACAAUCCCAUGGGGUCAACCGACAUCGUGUACUUAUGUACCGUGAAGGGUGCUCCGGAGACGUUAAAAGACAUGUUUUCGGAGAUCCCAGAGCAGUACGAUGAGGUUUAUUUGGAGUUGUCACGAAGAGGCGCAAGGGUUUUAGCUUUAGGAUAUCGAGAGAUUGGAAAGCUCUCCACACAAGAGCUCAGAGAUUUGUCAAGGGAAGACGUGGAAAGGGACCUGAAGUUCGUGGGUUUCGUGAUAAUUUCCUGCCCGUUGAAAAGCGACUCGAAAUCCGUAAUAAGAGAACUGCAACACUCCUCUCACAAAGUGGUGAUGAUAACAGGAGACAACCCUUUAACUGGUUGUCACGUGGCUAAAGAACUUAAAUUCACCACCAAAACCACUCUGGUAUUAACGCAAAAAGAAGAUUCUUUCCUGUGGCAGUCUAUCGAUGAAUCAGAAAGAUUACCGUUAGAACACGAUUACAAGAGUCUAAUCAGCAAAUACGAUCUGUGCAUCACAGGGGAUGGACUGAGUUACCUGCGAGAGAACUAUUACAGUUUCCUCAACCAUAUCCUGCCCUACAUAACGGUGUACGCAAGAUUCGCCCCCAAACAAAAAGAAUUUGUCGUGGUCCAGCUGAAAAACUUGGGUUACACGGCUCUCAUGUGCGGCGAUGGCACGAACGAUGUGGGUGCAUUAAAGCACGCCAACGUAGGAGUAGCGAUUCUGUCUAAUGCCCCCGAACGACCCAUCGAUCUCAAAGAACAAAAGGAAAAGUUGGAGAGGGAGCGUGAGAGGAAACAGAAAGAAUUGCGGGAAGUUGAACGAGUCAGAAACAGGCCGAAUCACGUCCGCAAUAUGGUGGAGCAAAGGGAGAAGCUUCAGGCUAAGGUGGACAAGAUGAUGAAGGAGUUGGAUGAGCAGGAUCAGCCCCAGGUGGUUAAGUUGGGGGACGCCAGUAUCGCAUCACCGUUUACCAGCAAGUUGUCGUCGAUUAUGUGCAUUUGUCACAUAAUUAAACAAGGAAGGUGUACCCUAGUAACAACGCUGCAGAUGUUCAAAAUAUUAGCCUUAAACGCACUAAUCUUGGCAUACACCCAAUCGGUACUCUAUCUAGACGGUAUCAAACUAAGAGAUCUGCAGGCUACUUUGCAAGGACUGUUAUUGGCUGCCUGUUUCUUGUUUAUAUCAAGGUCAAAGCCAUUAAAAGUGUUAUCGAAACAGAGACCUCUACCGAAUAUAUUCAAUUUCUACACUAUUUUAACUGUAAUUCUACAGUUUAUGGUACAUUUCGUCUGCCUGUUAUUUUUAGUCCAAGAAGCCAAACUACGGACACCUGUGGAUGAAACUAAGUUGAACGCCACUGCACCUGCGGAAAUUGCAGAACUAAGCGAAGAAGAAAAAGAUAAACUGUUUGAACCGAACAUAAUAAAUAGUACGGUUUACAUAAUUUCGAUGGCUCUCCAAAUAGCAACUUUUGCUAUAAAUUACAGGGGCAAUCCGUACAUGGAAAGUUUAAAACAGAACAAAGCUUUAUUGUACAGUAUUUUGGGAUCUGGGGGAGUCGUUUUAGCUUUAACUUUGGGGCUGGUACCAGAACUGUCCGCCCAGUUCGAAAUUAUAGAUUUCCCUCCAGACUUUCGAAUUGUAUUACUCCAAGUCCUGUUUGCGGAUUUUUUCUUCUCUUAUUUAAUGGAUAGAUUAUGUCUGCUUUUGUGCGGAGAAGGCAGUAUGAAGCUAUCAUAGAAAAUUAAAGUAAAUGUCAAGACUAGCGCAUUGAAUUAGAAUUUAUAAUUUAUUUACUUGUAUUAAAUCAUUCCAAGUGAAAUUGAGAUCAUUUUUUUAUAUACGUAUUAAUUUUGCAGUUAGGUAAAUUGGAGAAAAAAAACAAACAAUGUACUAUUUUUAAUAUUGUUGGUAUUGUAUACAAGAAAUAUAUUUGAGUUU